GUAUAUUUUUAGCUAUAUGAAAAAAUGGAAGUUAUAUGUACAUAAAUAACACCCCAUUUAUAGAAAACGCACCAAGUCAGAACGAUCAUCGCGCAUGAUUUGCUAAUUCUACAUCAUUCUAUUUUUAGCUAGUUAGAAGGAGUUUGUGGUUUUCAUUUUCCUUCUGCGCUGCUAUAAAACGGACUUUCGUCUCAUCAUUAGAACCAAAAACAAAAAACAAAAAAAAUAAGCAUCUAGUAUAAAUAAGACAAAAUCAAAGAGAAUAAAAAUGGUGGGUUUGCGCAGAGCAAAGACGGUACUUCUUGUAUUAGUGGUGGUUAUUUCCAACACAAUAGCAGACGGGGCACCCCUUGAUCGAGGACCCAAAGGAAGCGUCGCAGCUGCACCUCUUGGUGCUACGGUUCCCGGAGGAGGCAAUGCAGCUGCACCGGUUGGAGCUGCUACUACAGCACCAGCUGGAGCCAAAGGAAGCCCUGCAGCUGCACCGGUUGGAGCUACAGCACCAGCAGCAGCCGCAGGAGGCCUUGCAGCUGCACCAGCAGGAGCCGCAGGAGCCGCAGGAUCACUUGACGUUAAAGCAGCAGGAGCCAAAGGAGACGGAACAACCGAUGACACUGCGGCAUUUACGGCUGUGUGGAAAACAGCAUGUGAAGCACCAGGACCGAGCACGAUUACAGUGCCAAAGGGUGACUAUUUGGUGAACAACAUAGAGUUCUUAGGUCCAUGCAAGGGUCCCGUCACUUUCGAAAUGAGUGGCAAUAUGAAAGCUCCGGCUACGGUCGCUGCCGUUAAGCCUAACUCUGGAUGGGUUGAUUUUACUAAUCUUGCUGAUUUCACUUUGAACGGAAACGGAGCCAUUUUCGACGGUCAAGGCUCACUCGCCUGGAAGGCCAAUGACUGCGCCAAAACUGGAAAGUGCAACUCUCUCCCCAUUAACAUACGAUUCACGGGUUUGACAAACUCGAAAAUCAUCGGCAUAACAUCAACGAACAGCAAACUUUUCCACAUGAACGUUCUCAACUGCAAGAACGUAACUCUUGAGAAUAUUGGUAUUGAUGCACCUCCGGAGAGUCUCAACACCGAUGGCAUCCACAUCGGAAGGUCCGUUGGCGUGAACUUAAUAGGGGCAAAGGUUAAAACAGGAGAUGACUGCGUUUCCAUAGGAGAUGGUACUGAAAAUCUCAUUGUUGAGAAUGUGGAAUGUGGACCAGGACACGGCAUUGCUGUAGGAAGUCUUGGAAGGUACCCUAAUGAGCAACCAGUCAGAGGAGUCACCGUGAGGAAAUGCCUCAUCAAGAACACCAGUAAUGGUGUCCGCAUCAAGACAUGGCCUGGAUCUCCCCCUGGUAUCGCCUCCAACAUUAUUUUUGAGGAUAUCACAAUGGACAAUGUUAGCACUCCCAUUCUCAUCGACCAAGAGUAUUGUCCUUAUGCCGACUGCAAAGCUGGGGUACCAUCUAAAGUGAAAUUAUCGGAUGUGACCUUCAAGAACAUUAAGGGCACAUCAGCGACAAAGACUGCUGUGAAAUUAAUCUGCAGCGUAGGCACGCCUUGCACUAAUGUUGCUCUUGCUAACAUCAACUUGGUCCACAACGGUCCAGAAGGACCAGCUGUGGGGGCAUGUGCUAACAUGAAGCCUGUUCUCACCGGACAGAUGAUUCCACCUGCUUGCACUGAGAUCGCUAAACCGGGUCCUUGAAUUAUAUAGUCGCUUGUCCACCAAGCAUCCAUCUAAUCUGGUUAAUUAGAGCAUGAUUAUCCCUAGCACCCUUAAUGGGGUGCUUAAUCAUUUUUUUAGUACUAAAUAUGUGUGAAGCACAUUCUUUAAGAAACUUAUAAUUUUUGUCUUCCAAUGCAAGUUGCUUAUUUUGAAGUGCUUAAAAA